UCCACCCCCUCCUCCGAGUGCUGCCUCUUUUCUAACGGUCGCCUGGAGAAGCCUGGGAUGUAAAUUGACAGACGCAUAUGAGACAGUCCAUGGAAUGUCUACCCAACAUGGCCCUGGAAUGUCAGGCCUGAAAGAGGAAAACCAAGUAGGGUAGAAGCUAGGCACAGCAGAAGGUGCCCACAAAUUCAGCACCCAUGGUGGAUCUCUCAUCCAAAGGAGAAUCACCUCAGCAGGCAGAAGACUCCACAAAUGAGCCCCACAUCACCACAGCAGAGCCCAGCAGACGCGACCGCAGCCCCUCUGUUGCAUCCACCUCUUCCCAGUCAGGCUACCGCAACCAGAAGGAUGCCCUACGCCAUCGUAUACUGCACUUGUCCGAGCUGUUGAGGGUGGAAAGGACCAAUCGUGAUGACAACACCUCCUACUAUGUGGAGCUAGUGAGCAAGGCUGACCGAGAAAAGGCUCCCUCCAUCCGUCAGGCCUUUGAACGCAUCAACCAGCGCUCCUCAGCUAAUAUUGCUCAUCUGGAGCAACGCCUACUGGAUAGCUGUGCCCAGCUGAAGAAGUUAGAGCAGAGGGUUUUUGCAACUCCGGACAGUAGCUCCACUUCCACAUCUACCCUACAGCAGCAUUCUGCCUCCAGGAGCAGCUUUUCUCGAUUGUCACCCUUUCACCUACCCAGGAUCCGGACUGCAGAAACCGUAACUGCUGAGGAAGUUCAUCUCCCUCCCCUCUCAGAGAGCAAAGAAAAUUGUCCUGUCCCAGAGCCAGUCCCAAAACAAUUCCUUGAGGAUGAAAGCAAGCAGAAGCUUGAAGAGUUGAAGGCUCAGCUGGCAGAUCUAAGGGAAGAUCAGAAGGCACUGGAGGAUGAAUGGCACAAGAUGGAUGAGGCAUGGAAAGCUGACAAGCAGAAGAUGAUGGAAUUUCUGCAAGAGGAGAAAAAAAGACAUUAUAAUCUGGAAGUACAAGUGAAUGACAUGAUUCAGAUAAAUCAAAACGAGAUCACCAACCUCAAACAAGACCUGGCCUGCACUGAGGAGAAGAUGGUCUACCAGUCUUAUGAGAGGACCCGGGACAUUUGGGAGAUGCUGGAGUCCUAUCAGACGCGUUUGGCUAAAAUGGAAAUGCAGCAGCAGGCCCAACAGCAGGAGGCAAGAGAGCUGCCCCAGGCCAAUAUCUACAAACUUUAUGGGCAACUCAUGAAUCUCCUGCUGACUAUUGCUGCCAUUCUUCUAGUGUGCGCCUCCACUGUUUCAACCUGUGCUCUUCCUCUUCUGCGUACACGCUGGUGUGCCAUGACCACUUUGCUUGUGAUCAUUGUUGUAAUAGCUGUUUGGAACUAUUUCCCUCCUACUGCCCAGCUAGAGUGGAAAACAUGGCUUCCUUCUGCUUAGUAACAAAAGAACAAAACAGCAUGCAUAUUUUUGUAUGUAUUCCAGUGCUUUCUGAUGCUCCCUAAUGCAAGCAAACUUCUUUCUUAAAAACCUGUUAAAAUGCUGUACUUUAUCAUCUUUCUAACUUUUUAACUUGUCUAUGACUGCAUCAAACUAUAUGUGAUCAUUCAUUCCAUGUAGGGUCCAACUCUGACUUAGGUGUGAAGAGCUUAGACGUUGGUGCCCAUACGUGAUAAAGAGCUUCAGAACUGAAGAGAGAAACAGAGGGUCUGCAUACCAAAAUUAAUGCACCCACAAUUUGAACUAGUUAGGUUGAGUAUGGAGAAAAGUGAAACCAACAGGUUUACAUUCUAAUGUCUCAGGAUACAACUAGACAAGCAAAUGUCCCUGGCUGGAUUGGGCUAAACAGGGUCGCUUUGAGGUGUGGUGUGCCAUUUGGGGCAAUCCUUGCAUUUGUAUGCAAAGUUUGGGUGGUUUCAGGGCAGAGUAUCACUCUGUACCUUAACCCUCUGCUAAAAAAAGUUAUUUGUAAGUGGCAUGUCUGUGAAUCGAUGUGCCACUUGAGUGAAACAGUG